AUGUUUGACAACGUUAUCAGAAACACAACGAUAUCCGUUUUGGGUGAACUUCACGAAACUCUGUUUGGAAAGUAUCCGGACGUUUUUGCAUUUUUCGUGUGCUUGCUGCACGCGUGUAUCCUAGGUGUUGGCGUGAAAACUUCGUCGUACAUGAAUAGCUUCUUGACGCUGGUCAACCUUGGCGUAAUGGCUGUAAUCGUCGUGGCUGGAUAUUAUUACGGAAACAGCGAUAAUUGGUCCAGUGACGGCGGGUUCAUGCCAUACGGCACCACUGGUAUUAUCGCGGGGGCAGCCACCUGUUUCUACGCGUAUGUCGGCUUCGACAGCAUCGCCACGUCGGGCGAGGAAGCCAAGGACCCGGCGUAUUCGAUUCCAGUGGCCACGAUAAUUGCGAUGAGCGUCGUUUGCACAGGCUACGUAUUGGUGAGUGGAGCAUUAACAUUCUUGGUCCCAUACUGGUCCAUCGUUCCCGAUGCAGCAUUCCCAGCGGCAUUUGCUGGAUUAGACUUGAACUGGAUUAAGUAUUUAGUAUCAGUCGGAGCAUUAUGUGGAAUGACUACUACUUUGUUUGGAUCUCUUUAUUCAUUACCUAGAUGUAUUUAUGCGAUGGCCGAUGAUGGAUUGGUUUUUAAAUUCCUAGCCAAAGUCAACAAAAAAACUCAGAUACCAAUUAUAAAUUUAGCUAUAUCUGCCUUUUUGUGUGCAUUGAUAGCCUUAUUUUUCGAUUUGGAAAAAUUAGUUGAAUUUAUGUCAAUCGGUACAUUGUUAGCUUAUACUAUUGUCAGUGCUUCAGUAAUAAUAUUAAGAUACCGCCCUACCAAUCGUGGUCUAGUACGGGAUUCUAGUAGUCUCUUAGAACUUCCUACUUCACAGGCAGACUCUUUUGAAAUGGACAUGGGAGGACGCUUAAAACCAUCCUAUAAGUUUCUAGAACCGUUUUUUGGAGAAUUUGAACCGGGUUACAUAGUUUGUGUAAGUAUUGGUUGGUUUACAAGUUCCACCGUCGUCUUGUGCGUUUAUAUCCAAUACUGGUUUAAUAUUCAACAUGUGAGUUGGAUCGAUGGAAUUGUAUUAACAGCGUUGGUCACCGAUUUAAUUUUAUGUCAAUUUCUGAUUGAAGCCCAUGAACAAAAUUCAACAGAGCUACCAUUUAUGGUACCACAUGUACCUCUAAUACCAUCGCUUAGCAUUGUAUGUAAUAUCGUGUUGAUGACUAACCUUAAUUUGCUUACUUGGAUACGGUUUUUCAUAUGGAUGAUUAUAGGUCUUUUGAUUUACUUCUUAUACGGAAUGCACCAUAGCAAAGAAAAUGACGUGACAUCUUAUUCAGUAUUGCUUUCGUCUUCUGAAGCGGGAAAGACACCUUGGGGAGCUAUAAACAAGUCUAGAAAACGAGUGAAAACCGAAGAUGACCGGAAACCAAUUAUUGACAAUGAAGAACUUGCAGACAAUGGUUACUACCACUGA